CUGCCUCAGCACACACACACACAGGCAGGACACAGCUGGCAUGAUCCAGCUGAUUAAAAGUGUAUUUUCGACUGUUUUUUAUUUUGUCAUUCAUCCAAAAUGUCCUGAUAUUACUUUUCGGUUCUGUAUCCGUCCAGAGAGGGAGUUCAGCAUCAUUACAUCACUGACUGGCUGCACAUCCCUGGGGUCUCUUUGAAGAACAUAGCAUCUAAGAAUGAGUCUUCAGAGCACUAAGAAAGCCAUGGAUGGAGGCUGGGGCUGGGUUGUUGUGGUGGCCUCGUUCAUAGCCAUGGUUCUCGCCUAUGGGUCGCCCCUGUCUGUUGGAGUGCUCUAUCCUGAGUGGCUCAAUGCCUUCCAAGCGAGUAAGGGGAUGACUGCAUGGGUGGGUUCUCUCGUCUCUGGGGUCGGCCUCAUUGCCAGUCCCAUCUGCAGUGUCUGUGUGGUAAACUUCGGAGCCAGGCCUGUGACCAUCUUCAGUGGAGUAAUGAUCUCUGGAGGCCUAAUGCUUAGCGCUUUUGCCCCCAACAUCCCCUUCCUCAUGUUUUCCUACGGCAUAGUCGUCGGAUUAGGCUGUGGACUCCUUUAUGCUGCUACUGUGACCAUCACAUGCCAGUACUUUGACAAGAAGCGUGGCCUUGCUCUUGGCAUUAUUACUACAGGUACAAGUACUGGAGGAUUCAUUUUUGCCACUGUGCAGAACGAAUUAAUUGAGCUUUUCAGUCUUGAAGGCUGCCUACUGCUCACUGGAUCGUUAACACUGAACAUUGUUGCCUGUGGUGGACUGAUGAGACCAUUGCACUUGCCAGCUUACUACCUCAAGCAGAGAGCUGCCCUGGUGGAGAAAGCUGAAGAGAAGCUCAGUGAAAAGUCCCUGGACCACUCCAUCAAAAAGGACCUGCCUGUCACUGAUCUGCUGAUCACUGUGGAGAAUAAAGACACUCUGGCUUCUGAAAAGGAACUACUGAUUUGCUCAGUCUUGGUCGGACUGCUCAAGAAGAAGCAAAAGGCCUACAUGGAGUACUUGCAGUCCAUUGCUGAACAAAUGAAGGACCGGGUAUUUGUAGCCAUGUGCUUGGCGCUGUUCCUCUACAACGUGGGGGCAUUUCCUCCACUGCUCUUCCUGGAGGACAUAGCCCAAAGUGAGGGUUUGAUUGAGGGCAUCAGUGUUAUCCCUGUGGUCUCAAUAUAUGCUAUUGCAGCAGGCACUGGGAAGCUACUGCUGGGAAUGGUGAUGGACAUCCACUGGAUAAACAGCUUAUAUCUCUAUAGCUUCACACUGGUGGGCAGUGGCAUGGCACUUCUGCUAAUACCUUUUAUUAAGAACUACGUAGCGCUCCAGGUGCUCUCAGCAGUGCUGGGAUUCUUGUCAGGGAACUGGUCCAUCACACCGUACAUGACCACCAAGGUGGUUGGCAUAGAGCGGCUCACUGAGACCUACGGGAUCUUGAUGUUUUUCAGUGGAUUUGGGAUCAUGCUGGGACCCCCAGUUGUAGGCUGGUUCUAUGAUUGGAUGCAGUCCUAUGACCUGGCCUUCUACUUCAGUGGGAGUUGCGUGCUGUUGGGUGGAGUGCAAUUACUGCUCUCUGUGCUGUCCUGCUGGGACAAAACCCACGACUCAUCUGCCAAACCCGAAGAAGAGUACACUCAUAACUGUGACAGUGUGGCUGCCUUAGCCUAAAGAUGGAUGGACCAUUUUUCUUUGCCCAUGAUUUACCUGCUGAGGCCUGAAGCCUGAGGGUGAACCUGAAGAUGUUUCUGGAUGAUUUCUGGACUUUCCGAUGAUCCAGUAUGCCUUAGUGUUACCGUAGUUGAUGUUUGAAGUUUUGCCAUCUGGUGCUUCAGUUGUUGUUCUGAAAACACCAUGUUAAACCAAAGUACUCAAACUUGUCCAGUCCUCAGUGGUUAUUUCCCAGCCUUGUUGUACGAGGCUCCAGGGUACGGUGGCAAUUUUUCAGUUAAAAAAAAGAAAGAAGUCUAUUUCUUAAUAAUUGAUGCUGUCUGUUUUUUUCUUGAAAUGCAUGUCCAUGCAUUGUGUUUCUUAUGCCGUUAUGACACUCAUUCAAGACAAGGUGCAAAUGUGACAUGGUUAUGAUGAUGAUUUUUUUUUUUUUACACACACAGAUGCAAUACUAUACCACAUUCUGGUUCCUCAGUAAUGACAUCUUGACUUCUGUUGUUAGUUGCUGCUGGUGGUGUGAAUGUUGUACCAAAGUUAUUUGAUUUUCUUUGUCUUGGACAAAGGGUUAAGUCGACAAUCUCAUGCCACAAACUCUAAACCCAGACUGUCUUUGUGCUGCUCAAGUUGUCCUUUCCCAAAUACUGUAGUGUUGGCCUUUGAUAUCAGGAGAACAGCUUGUUUCAACAAGGUGGCUAAUCUGACUCAAAAACUGUUCAGUUGUUUGACGUGUGGCUGAAUAUGUGUUUGUUUUAAGCAUUUUAAUAUACUGUAAGCAAUACGUAGACAAUUUAUUAGUUUCUUUCUAUUUGUAUACACUAACACAUCUAGGCUGUGGUAUUUUUAUAUGCAAUGAAGCAGGAUGCUGAAGUUGAUUUCUGUAUUUAAUUUUAAUUUUUUUAGA